GUUUUCCCAAACUAGUGUUCACCCUGGCCGAAAUGUUCCAUAGCUUAGUUUUCAAUGCCAGUUACAAAUGGACGAAAGAACAAAACGCCAAACAAGUGUCAGUCAACCUUAAGAACGGAAACUUUCUUGUCAGGCUAUGUAGAGUGUGCAUUUAUUGUGGAUCGUAAACAGCUACCAUGUUGCCUGCCUCCCCCUCCCUCCCGUCCUCCUCCUGCCUCUUGUUGCCGACACCUCCGAAGAAGGAGAGCAGCCUGUCUGACUCUCAGUGCAGCUUCCAUCACCACAGAGCCGGCAGCCAGGGCCACCGGCCGGCGCCAGGAUGCGGUGCCACAAGUUUUGGGGGUCUUGUUCGGUUGGAUUUUAUGUUUGGGCAGCCAUUCUCUUCAAAGGUUCCCUGCAAGGCGAGUACCAGAGGAGACUUUACAAGGAGCUGCUGGCUAACUACAACCGCCUGGAAAGGCCAGUGGUCAACGACUCGGCCGCCAUUCUGGUGGAGCUCGGCUUCACGCUUCUGCAGAUCAUUGAUGUGGAUGAGAAGAACCAAGUGCUGAUGACCAAUGCCUGGCUGCAGCUGUACUGGACUGACAUCUACCUGAGUUGGAACCCUGAAACCUACCCCGGUGUCCAGAACCUUCGAUUCCCUUCAGACCAAAUCUGGACUCCUGACAUCCUUCUCUACAACAGUGCGGACGAGCGCUUCGACGCCACCUUCCACACCAAUGUGCUGGUGAAUGCUUCGGGCUACUGCCAGUACAUCCCCCCCGGCAUCUUGAAGAGCACUUGCUACAUCGACGUACGUUGGUUCCCCUUCGACGUGCAGAAGUGCGACUUGAAGUUUGGCUCCUGGACUCACAACGGCUGGUUGCUGGACCUGCAGAUGCUGGAUGUGGACACGUCCACCUACAUACCCAACGGGGAGUGGGAUCUUGUGGGUGUCCCAGCCAAGCGCAACGAGCUGUACUACGAAUGUUGCAAGGAGCCAUACCCAGACGUCACCUUCACAGUCACCAUGCGGCGCAGGACCCUUUAUUACGGCCUCAAUCUGCUCAUCCCCUGCGUGCUGAUCUCCGGGUUGGCCCUGUUGGUUUUCCUGCUGCCUGCCGACUCGGGAGAAAAGAUCUCGCUUGGAAUAACCGUGCUGCUUUCGCUAACUGUCUUCAUGCUCCUGGUGGCUGAGAUCAUGCCUGCCACCUCCGACUCGGUUCCCCUCAUUGCUCAGUACUUCGCCAGCACCAUGAUGAUCGUUGGGAUGUCGGUGGUGGUGACCGUUAUCGUCCUGCAGUUUCAUCACCACGACCCUCAGGGGGGCAAGAUGCCCAAGUGGGUUCGGGUGGUGCUGUUGAACUGGUGCGCUUGGUUUCUGCGCAUGAAGCAACCUGGCGAUGAGCGCCGUCGUGCCGGCUACAAAUACCGCCCGGCAUCCCAACACCACUCCAGCAGCAACUCAAUAGAAAUGGCCGCCGUUCCCAGCCUCUCCGUGCCGCUUUCCCAGACUUCCUGCCCGCCCUGCACCUCGGGCACCUCCAACGGUUCCAUGAGCCUCUAUUUUGGCAGCUACCACCCGAUGGAGAGUCCGCACUGCCCACCUUCAAGCGACUCAGGCGUAGCACUGGGGGGCCGUGCUCACAGCUCCCCCGGUGACGAGGGUGCCGAGCCGCCCGGCGUUUGCAGCGGAGCUUUGGGAAUAGGGGUCAGGAUCCCGCCGCCAGAGAUUCAGCACAUCUUGGAGGAGGUGACCUACAUCGCCCAGCGCUUCCGGGACCAGGACGAGGCCGAGGCCAUCAGCAGUGAGUGGAAGUUUGCGGCGGCAGUGGUGGACCGCCUCUGUCUGGUGGCCUUCUCGCUCUUCUCCAUCAUUUGCACCUUCACCAUCCUCAUGUCGGCGCCCAACUUCAUAGAGGCUGUCUCCAAGGACUUCACAUAGUUGGACUUUAUUCCUCUUGGUGGGCCACUAACGAGAUGAUGAGAUGCUUGAUGUAUUUGUCCUGUGUAAAUAUCAGUAUUUUAUGUUAAACCUUUAUGUGCAAAUACGUUUGUACUAAUUGGCUCACUCGCCAAAUCUUCACGUAACACGGCAUCUCUCUGAACGUUAUUGUUCUGUGUUGGCACUUUUCUGCUUUUAUAUUGAUGUUAUAGUUCUUCACGUUCACUAGAAAGACAACUGAACAUGAAAUAAGUUGGAAAAAUGCGUGUUUGGCAGAGGAUUUCUCUCUUGCAAAUGUGGCAUCACUUCCGAGGAAAUAAGCAGCCUUUCCAACUGCAAAAUACGCUGCCAACAAAAAGCACAGGGAAUCUACCAACACGCAUUUCUGACGUUUUUCUUUCAUUUUGAUGACAAUAAAUCCCAUUUUAUAUCACGUCUUUUAUGUCAAACCAUCACGUGUGUUGUAUUAAAACCCGUUGUGAACAACGUGACCUAUGGAACGUUCAAUAUAUUGUGCAUACUGGUUGAGGUGGACCAAUAACACGGAUGCAAAGGUGUCAUUGAAGUUCAGUUUGUUGUAGUUGAUGUUGAACAUGUCUCUCUGCAAACGCUGCUGUUACAAUGUACCCAUUAAUAAAAACAAAGAUGAACUAAUGUGUCUGUAUUUAAAUGUCAAACUAGAGUGCGUAUGUUCGGGGUUGACGCGUCUCUUCCACAUCGCGUGGAAGUCGGGAACGGUACCUCCGUGGUGGUGGUCCCCUUUUUAAGAAGGGUGAGAGGAGGGUGUGUCCCAGCUAUAGCGGGAUCACCUGUAUUCCUUCAAAUUUUAGUGUGUUAUUAACGGACUAAAUGGAUUUACAUUAUUUUCUAUGGGAAAACUUGCCUUGGUUAGAGUCCGUUUUGGUUUGAGGCGGACCUUCUGGAACAGAUUGACGUUAACCAAGGCACCACUGGAUGUACAUUUGGCGAGCUUUUGAGUUUGUUAUCGGCCUCAAAUAGCACUCAUUUUGUUGCUGGAACUAGCAAUUUCAAGACGGUAUUGGACCCAAAUACGUGAGACAAUGGAUGUGAGCCAUGGAUUCUGCAAGGUCAAGUCCCAAAAAGUCCCAAAUGUACUGUGCAGAGAUGUCAGAUGGCCAGACAGGACUGCUUCUACCAUAUAAGUUAACAUUAUAACUGAUUUUUGCCCUAGUGCAUAAUGUCAGUGUCACACUUCAAAGAUGGAGUUGUUACGUACAGGCAUGCCUGAUGUGAAAUCACACCAUAUGUUGUAGGAGGAGCUUGAUGGAAAAGGAUUUGACCAAUCUUGUGAACCUUAACACCGUGCAUACAAACACAGCAAACACUUCAGUGAUGUAUUUUGCCAUGUGACCCUUGCAUAAGAUGAUGUUUUCAGCCUCAUAUCACCUGAUUGACUAUGUUAGCCUCCUCAUAGAUACUGGAGCUGGAAGCAAAUGCAUACUGGAUGGAUUUUCCAUCUGAUUGAACUGUUGUGUGUUUAUACACAUUAGUGGAAUGCAAGACUGGGGAAUACAUGUACUCAUUAUGCACCCCUGGCGUGGGACACGGUGUCCCCCCAGCGUCAUGCUUUUACACUCCAAGGACAAAAGUAUCUCACCUAAUCUUCGUUUGCCAUUUUGCCAAGAUAUUUGGUAUAGUUCAAGGGUGUCCAAACUUUUUCCAGCAAGGGCUACACGCUGAAAAAAGCCAUUUCUUAAGCUUUGGGACUCCAGCGAACCACAUUGAGAGCCAUUAUCCACAAAUGGCGAAAACACGGCUAACACAUUUUCACACCACUGUGUAUUUCUUUGCUCUUUGCUCCCCACUUUGUUGUGUUUUUUGUUUCUCAAAAUAUUUCAACUUUAAAAAAUAACAUUUUUUCAUUAAUAUUUCAACUCCAUGCUACUAAAAUGACGUUAUUUUUCCUCAUAACAUUAUGUAUUUAUUAUUUAUUAAAAUUACCACUAAAAUUACCAUAAAAUUACCACUUUUU